UAAAUAUUAAUAGCGAUAUGUUUACUGACUAAAACAUAUUUUGUAUUUACAAUAAGGAAAAACACAUAGUAUAACAAUUCACUUUUAUUAUUAUUACAAUUAUUAUUAUUACUAUUAUUAUUAUUUUUAUUAUUAUUAUUAUUAUUAUUGUUUUUUAUUAUUAUAAUUAUUAUUAUCUAACCAUUUAAAGUAGCAUAAAAACACUGUUUGCAGGAUAAAUUCUAAUCAAAAUACAACACAAUAUGUAUAUGUGUAAUGUUUAGUUUACACAAUGAUAAAUUGAUUAUGUGACAGGAGCAGGACAGGAACGUUUUUUUUGCAGAGCAGAUCUGAGAUCUAAAAGCCUCCUUUUAAAAUGCAACCAGGAACAUUUCCAAUAAAAUUCUGCCUGCGGCAUAAAAUCCCAGAGAUGCUCCUACAAAUAAACUGGCACAGUGAUUUAUCAUUUUUCUUUGCAUAAUAUUUCAUUAGGAUUGGAUUUUGCCAAGAAAAGCUUGGCUUCCACAUCCGGGUAUUUUGACCCUAGCGCGUGCUAUUGGCCUGAGCCGAGUCUCGUGAUCAAAGAAACUUUGCAGGCUCCGCUUUAGUGCUGUGAGGGGUGGGCUUUUACAGAGCAGUAAAACGACACAAAGAAGGAAAAUUUAUUUCUUCCCCCUCCCUAAAUUAAUGAUCAUGAGCUCGUAUUUGAUGAACUCGAACUACAUCGAUCCUAAAUUUCCUCCGUGCGAAGAAUAUUCACAAAAUGACUACAUCAGUGCUGAAUGUUACAGACGCGCUCGCGACGCCGACUACCAGCAGGAGUUAUUAUAUCCUCAAAGUGUCACCUACCAGGAGGGCAAAUAUGAGUGUGAAAGCAUUCCUGAGCACGGGGGGAAUUUACACGGGGCAAAAACAUACACACCUCCGACUGCUGCCCCUGCCACCCAGACCACUGCCCCUGAAGUGCCCUCCGACAGCAAAGCGCCUGUGGUGUAUCCCUGGAUGAGAAAACUCCACUCCGGUGCAGCAAACUUUGGUUCUGAGCCGAAGCGUUCCCGCACUGCUUACACUCGGCAGCAGAUCCUCGAGCUCGAGAAGGAGUUUCACUACAGCAGAUACUUAACCAGAAGGAGAAGAAUCGAGAUCGCCAACACGCUGUGUCUGAACGAGAGGCAGAUCAAAAUCUGGUUUCAGAACCGCAGAAUGAAAUGGAAGAAGGAUCACAGGUUACCCAACACCAAGGUCCGACCUUCAUCCUCCUCUUCUUCCUCCUCUUCUUCAAAUGAUGCAGCGCGAGACCAGGACUUCACAAAAAUUUAGACUCGAAAGACAUUUCAUGGACACCAGAGCGCGACUAAAAACAAUUUCAUACUUUCUUCUUUUAAUUAGAAAACAAAUGUUAAUUUAUUUCAGUGUAUUUAUUUGUUUUUAAAACAAAAUUCAUUAAUAUUGCUGACUCUUAAGUAUUUAUUUCGUAUUGUCUUUAUAUUAAUAUUUAAACAGGACAGAUUCUAUCCAAUAUCCAACAUUUGCACAGUGUUGCUUAUUUAUAUCAUUAGAUUCUUUAUUUUUUUUUUACCGUUUUCUUGAAUGUAAUUAAUAUAAAGAUGUAUAGCCUGUUGUAAUAUGAGGAAACUUACAACAACAACAAAAAUAGACAUUUUUCUUUUAGGUUUUGUGCCGCGGACUGUUUCAUUUUAUUUAAACGCGUAGAAAAAUCAUGUGAAAUGCACUUGCUGUUAUUUGGUGCUAUACGUGAUUGUGGUCAAUAAAGGUUGCUAUUGCAUCUAA